AUGAAAUUUCAAUCCCUUAUUCUGCUCCUCCUUAUUUCGUUGGCUUCUGCCACCAUGAAUCAAGCUACACCACCAGAUGAUUGGACUCCCAUAAAGAACAUCAGUGAUCCAACCGUGAUUGCAAUAGCUCGUUUUGCAGUGUCCGAGUACAACGACCAAAACGGAGCAAAAUUGGAGUUUGAGAAACUUAUCAAGGGUGAAUCACAAUUGCUCCCGAGGAUGGAGACCCAAACAUACCGCCUCACUCUUUCUGCCAAAGACGGUUCAUCCUCUAACAACUAUGAUGCCGUUGUGUUGGAUACGAUGUCAAAGUACUCAUGGAAACUCAUUUCCUUUAAACGUGUUUGA